GCAACGGCCAGCUGCAGACGAGCACGUUGUGUUGUGCGGUUCUGUGCACUUUGAAAGAUUGUGUUUUGUUUAAAGGCCAUUCGACGCAUAAAUCAAGAUGACGAAGACACCGCCAAAGGGACGCAAAAAGCCCCCAACUCGCUACUUUGAUGCCGCGGCAGUAAAAUCCGAAGACGGCGAAGCGAAACCAGCCAAACUAAAACGCAAGCAUCAACAGAAGUUCACAGGUGACUUUCUUAAGAUGCAGUCGCAUGACAAAAACAAAAAACUAUACAACAAAAAGCGGCCGGCGGCUACUGAACACCCCAAAAAGCAAAAGAUUCCGCAGGAAGUUUUAGACAAGUAUUCACGUGGCGAUGCCGUAGACUCGCGGGGUGUCAAAACGCGCCACUUCAAAGAGAAGCAGCAGCGCAAGGAGAUCUAUUUGGAGUAUGCCACAGAACAGGCAGCGCGCACAGAGUUGCUGCUACAAGAGACAGCCGGCCAGCUGGAAGCUGAUGAGGAGGAGAUUACUGCUAGCUACCGUCAAGAGGAGAUUGCGGCCAAUGUUGAUCUGCAAUCGGCGGCCAAACACUUUAGGCUCAAGCUCGACUUUGGGCCGUACACCAUGCGCUAUACAAAGAAUGGAAGGCACUUGCUGCUGGGCGGGCGACGCGGUCAUGUGGCUGCCUUUGACUGGGUAACCAAGAAGCUGCACUGCGAAUUCAAUGUGAUGGAGAGCGUAUCGGAUGUGCAGUGGCUGCACGUGCCCACCAUGUACGCGGUAGCCCAAAAGGAAUGGGUCUAUUUCUAUGACAAAAAGGGCACUGAACUGCACUGCGUUAAGCGGCUGUCGCGCGUCAAUCGCUUGGACUUUCUGCCCUAUCAUUUUUUGCUUGCCGCUGGCAACAGUGUAGGAUACGCAUCUUGGCUCGAUGUCUCAAUUGGCGAGCUAGUCGGCAAUUUCAACACGGGCCUUGGCGAUAUACGCCACAUGCGGCACAAUCCGAGCAACGGUGUGCUCUGUAUCGGAGGCGGCAAGGGUGUUGUCUCCAUGUGGUCACCUAAAGUUCGAGAACCGUUGGCCAAGCUGCUCUGCCAUUCGACUGCGAUGACAGCGCUCACGGUCGAUCCCAAGGGCGUGCAUCUGGUCACCGCUGGCUUGGACCGAAUGGUAAAAGUAUGGGAUCUUCGCAAUCUUAACGAAACGCCGCUGGCGAUCUUCCGUCUCCGUCUGCCUGCCAACGAGGUGGAAGUAUCGCAGCGCGGCAUGUUGGCGCUCUCGCAGGGCACCUACUUGGAGACCUACACGGAUGUGCUUCAUGGCGGUGGCACUGCAAACAGCAAUAAGCUGCCCUAUCUGCGCCAGCGUUGUGAUGCCUUUGUGCAUGGUAUGCGCUUCUGUCCAUAUGAGGAUGUGCUGGGGGUUUCCACGGCAAAUGGUUUUCAGUCGCUGUUGGUGCCUGGUUCCGGUGAGCCCAAUUACGAUGCGCUCGAGGAUAAUCCAUACGAGACGAGUAAACAGCGUCGCGAGCACGAGGUGCACGCACUGCUGGAGAAGAUACCACCCGAGCUGAUCACACUGGAUCCGAAUGAAAUAACUGGAGUGGAUGCGCCCACUCUACAGGAGAAGGUCGAUGCCAAGCGGCAGCUCUUCCACCUGAAACCGCCGCGAAUCAACAUGAAAAUGCGCCACAAAAUGAAGGGACGUGGCGGCAGCGCUAAGGCGGCACGCAACAAGCAAAUAGUCAAGGAUCUGCAGCGCAAGGAGUUUAUUUCGGAGGUGCGCAAGGCCAAGCAGGGCAUCAUCGCCUCCCACAAGCAUGGCGAUGACGGCGACAAUGUGCAGCAGGCGUCAAGUGGGAAGGCCAAAACGCCAAAACCCGUGCGCUCCGUCUUGGAUCGUUUCAAGCCCAAGCCCCAGAAAAAACAGAAGCCCACUAAUUGAAUAUCUGAUAGUAGUUGCUUUU